AUGCGUGAGAGAUAUAAAAGUAAGGAGAACGCGGGCAGUGAAUGCAUCCAUACUUUUGAGGGGAAUCGGGACAUUGGAAACGGGCUGUUUAGGAGUUACGACUCACCUAUGCCAGGAGAACCUGCCAGCUACUUGGAGGGACCAAAUUCCCCUACUGGAGGUAUCCUGACAAGUUUGGACCACUGCCAUGGGAAUGGGCCUACAACACUGGACUCUUCUUUGACAGGUCCAAAACGCUCCAACUAUGACGGUGAGAAAAGGUACCUAGGAGUCAGGGUCAAAAUGCCUGUGAGAGACAUGCUUAAUAACAUUCGCAUAGCGAAGGGAGUGUACACCAAAAAUAUCCAGGGCAACAGCGGCAAGGCAUUGAAAGGAGAGAAGAAACGGGUAAAUACAAAUAGAGAUGGCAGAAGUAGCAAGAGAAAACAACCUACAAAGAGCCUGGAGGAACUCGCCAUAAUAGUGGAGGUUUUGGAGCAGGAUCUCAAAGCCAGCAAGUCAUACAGCCAGUCUAACAAGACUGAGUCACCCGACUACAGUCUAGAGCCCAACGAGCAACCAUGGAAUAGUCCAGAGCCACUCCAACAUGGUCACUCAAUGAAGUGCAGUCAGGAAAACAAGAUGCCACAACAAGCCCCAAACUACUGUAUGUCAGAGCUCAACCUAUCCAGCUCUGCAGACAAACAGAACACUAGUGUCCCUCCGCUUAACUCCCAUGGAGGGUAUAUCAACGACGAAUCCGACAAUAUGAUGCCCAGUCCAGAUUCAUAUAUGUCUUACUUCCCCAGCUGCACCAGUGAAUAUCAAGUGCCAUCUCCCCAAGAUUCAGUCUUCACUAGCCCCCACCCCCAGUGCCAGGAUAGCUUUAGCCCCCAGUGCCAGGAUAGCGUUAGCCCACAUUGGCCAAGCUACAUGGGCCAGGAUUGGAACAGCACAGCAUACUUCUGGACCCAGCUCCAGAGGGAGGAGAGCUUACUGACGGGGGUCUCUGACACAGAGCUUCUGGCCACAGACAAGAACGGAAGGACAGCUCUCCACAGAGUUGUGGGUCAAGGCAAGAGGGCCCUUGGAUAUGUGAUUGCCAAAAGGAUGGCAGCUCUGAACAGACUGAAUGUCAAAGACUCAGAGGGAAAGACUGCACUUCACCUGGCUGCACAGAAGAACCAACACCUGAUGGUGGCUGAUCUGAUUCGCCAUGGUGCCUUUGUGAACGAGAAGGACAGGUGUGGAAAGACAUGCCUGCAUCUCAGUGGUGAGAAUGGAUACACUCCAGUUCUGGAGGUUCUGAAAAAUAUGAUGAAAGAAGGAAUUUAUGUAGAUGUCGAAGCUACAGAUAAUGAUGGGCUCAGUGUGUUUCAGUGUGCAGCAGUGGCUCUGAACGUCACCGUGCGAGAGCUGGAGAGAAGUGUGACCCACAGUCAGAUGAGACUCCACACACUGCGCAAGGAGCAGAUGAUGGAAACACUGGAGUGUCUGCUGCAAAUGGGAAGCUACCAACACACUCUGGAUAAUCGCUGUGGGGAGAAUGCAAAUGAAGUGGGAAGCAAAAUGGAGUCCUACAUGUUUAUGCAAGGAGUGGUCUCCAGACCCAGUAAGGGGAACUACAUGACCUAG